AUGAAUUACGGUAACAAUAACAUGAACGCUGCGGGUUUUAACGAAGGCGAUGACGAUAGAAAUACGUACGUGAGAAACAACUUCAUGUCUAACAUGAACGAAUCUCCAUCGUACAACAACCAGGGGAACAACAUGCAGAUGGAGGAAAAUCCAAAUGCACACAUGUUUAACCAAAUGAGAAAUAAAAGGGAAGUAAGCAACAACGUGAUGACCGCCGGUGGAAGUGGAAAUCCUGGAAACAGGAAUUUUUACGAAGGAAAUGUGAACAACGAUGGCUACAUGAUGGGAGAGGGUGAUAAUUUCGAUGACGCAGGAUUAAAUUUGCAUGAAAUAUUGUUAUCCAACAUUAAGAAAGUAAAUUACGACAAAACAACUCCGAUACAGAAAUACAGUUUAAGUAUCAUCAUGAACAAAAAUGACCUAAUCGGGGUUGCCCAAACAGGUAGUGGAAAAACGGCAGGAUAUCUUUUGCCUAUCAUUAAUCAUAUGUUAUUAAAUGAUCCACCCAAACAUACGUUCUAUGAGGAAAAUCAAAAAAGCUCCAGCUAUUAUUAUAACAGAGUUUGUUUGCCCAUAUGUUUAAUUCUGGCCCCCACGAGAGAAUUAGCAGUGCAAAUUUUUUAUGACUCCAAAAAGUUUUGCUUCGAAACGGGAAUUAAGCCAGUGGUUCUCUACGGAGGUAGCAAUAUCAAAACGCAGCUAUCGAACUUGGACAAAGGGGCAGACAUAAUUGUUGCAACUCCAGGAAGAUUAAACGACAUUUUGGAGAAGGGGAAAAUUAGACUCUUUCUCACGUCCUUCUUAGUUCUAGAUGAAGCAGAUAGAAUGCUAGAUAUGGGAUUCUCUCCACAGAUAAGAAGCAUAAUGUAUGACUAUGACAUGCCAGGAAAUGAUAACGACUCACGUAUGAACCCAAACAAAAUGGAAUACAAACGAUACACUAACGAUAUAGUGAAAAGACAAACCAUCAUGUUUAGUGCAACGUUUAGGAAAGAAAUACAAUCGGGAAAGUUGGAAGUACAAAUGAAUAUAUCAAACAAAAUUUAA